AUGUAUCUAAGACAUAGAUAUGAAGUUAAUCCAGAACUAAUAAAUCAAAUAGAAUCUAAAGGUUUACAUUUUAUUCGAAAAGAUGAAUCAGGUAAAAGAAUGGAAAUGAUUGAAUUAUAUGAUGAUUGUCAUAAAUUCUUUGUUGGUACACAAUAUCAUCCUGAAUAUUUAUCAAAAGUUUCAGAUCCUUCAAGACCAUUUUUAGGUUUAGUUGCUGCUUCUGCUGGUAUACUAGAUGAACUUUUAAAAAGAGAUGAUUUAAAUUAUAAAGGAGAAUUUCAAAGUUGUAAAAUUCGGAUUUGCUUUUAA